UCUGCAACUUCAGUAAGCCGUGAGCUUUUCAGUGCCGACAUUUUAAGAAAAAAAACAACAUGUUAAAUCGACGUUUAUUGUGCAUAGUUUUGCUAGCUCUAUUCGGCACAAUUCACGGUCAGGACGAUUUGUAUAAGUUAUCACUAAUCCACGUCAAUGAUUUCCAUGCACGUUUCGAAGAAGUCAAUACGGCUAGUGUAACAUGUGAUCCGUCCAGUGAUGAAGUUUGCGUAGGAGGGUAUGCUCGGAUGGUAACGGCAGUGAAAGAUCUGCUCGCCAAACGAACGAACCCGCUGUACCUAAACGCUGGCGAUAGUUUUCAAGGCACCUUGUGGUAUAAUCUGUACCGAUGGAAUGUCACCGUUGAAUUUCUCAACAUGCUCCCGGCCGAUGCGAUGACUCUUGGGAAUCACGAGUUCGAUCAUGGACUUGAUGGUGUCAUACCAUUCAUGGAAAACAUCCGAUCUCCGCUAUUGAUGGUUAACGUAGAUAAUAGCGAAGAACCUAGCUUUAAUAAUUACGAAAAAUCCAUGAUUAUCGAUAAAAACGGUAGGAAAAUAGGUAUUAUUGGUGUCACCCUUCGUGGUAUGGAAGAAAUCACCGAAGUUGGCAGUACCGGAAAUCUGAUUUUCGAAGACGAAGUGGAAACGGUCCGGUUGGAAGCGGAAAAUCUGACCAAUCAGGGAGUCGAUAUUAUUGUUGUUCUUUCGCACUGUGGUAUCGAAACAGAUAUGGAAAUCGCAAAACAUGGAGGUCCAAACAUCGACAUCAUUGUCGGUGGUCAUUCGCACACGUUUCUGUACACCGGAGAGCAUCCGCACAUUCCGGGCACAUCGAGAGGAGCAUAUCCGGAAGUUGUUGAACAACCGGACAGCAAUCAUCGAGUUUUGAUUGUGCAAGCUGCUGCGUACACCAAGCUUGUUGGAGACAUUGUGCUUUCGUUCGAUGAGCAUGGAAUUAUUCAAAGCUGGGAGGGAAAUCCAGUGUAUCUAAGUUCGGAAAUUGUACCAGAUCCCGCUGUUGUUGAGGCCCUCAUUCCUUGGAAACAAGCCAUUGAUGAAAUCGGUGGUCGUCGCGUUGGCUUCAGUUCAGUUAAUUUACUUAAGUCAUCUUGUGGAUACGGAGAAUGCAAUCUGGGCAGUUUUAUAGCUGAUUCGAUGGUGGCAGCCUUUAUCCCACGUGCGGAGCCCGGAAGUUGGGCGUAUGCGUCCAUUGCUGUUCUUUCCGUUGGAGGAAUUCGGGUUGAUAUGUUUAAAGGAGAACUAAGUUAUAAAACACUAAUUGAGGUGCUUCCAUUCGAGAAUCUGCUAACCGUAGUUGAGUUACGUGGAGAUCGCUUGUUAGGUGUACUGGAAUAUGCUGUAGAGAAGUCCUGGGACGAGGAUCGAUUCAGCGGAGCCAAUAUGCUUCAGAUUUCCGGUCUGCAGGUCGAGUUCAAUGUUACCAAUCCGAUCGGUCACCGGGUUCUUUCCGUUGAGGUUCUCUGCUCGGCAUGUGCGGUUCCCAAAUAUGAACCUUUGGAAGCACUGAAAUACUACCGCGUUGUGACUAACUCGUUUAUUGCCGGUGGAGGUGAUGGAUUCAGCAUUUUUCCGGAGUUUGGUCGAAACAAACUGAACGGACCGAUUGACGUUGAAGCAUUGGAGAAAUACGUCAAAGAACGGUCCCCUGUGAUGCAGGGAGUUGACGGCAGAAUCAUAGUACAUACGUAACGUGUGAUAAUCGUAAUUUUUUUAGUGACAGAAACAAAUACUGGUAGUUAGGCAAUUUGAAUG